AUGGCCAACAAUAGUCAAUUGCAUAUAUCCGGUAUGGUGGUACUACCAAUCACAAUUAACAAUAUCAACACGGAAAUUAAUGUAUUUGUUAUUGACGAUCUUUGUACAGACUUAUUAUUAGGAGGAGAUUUCUGCGAUAAAUACAAUGUCAAUAUCAGCUAUGGAGGAAAAUAUUUAACAAUAUCAACAAGACAACAGCAGACACGGGUAAAAUUUCAGCAACAACCGAAUACACAAGAAGUGUUUCAUCUUAAGACCUUGAAUGACAUUGCAAUCCCACCAUUAUCGUCGAAAGUCAUCCAAGCGGCAUCAUCGUCACCACCCAUGUCGGCGAUAUUCACCCCAUCGUCUAGAAUGACGAAUAAACAAUAUGUUAUUGCACCCCAUGCUAUAUUGACAAUUGACAAUACCAAUACCACAAUAUUAACACUAUUGAAUACCACAACGUCCAUUAAACGGAUCCCACAAGCACAAGUCCAUAGUCCGCACCAGUCAAAACUAAAUUUAAUUACAGAACGCGACGUUUAUCCAUUACCACGGAUCGACGAUAUCAUCGACAAACUGGCUGAUUCACAAUAUUUUACAACGUUGGAUUUAAAAGCUGGUUAUUGGCAGAUACCCAUUGAAGAACAAGACAAGAAGAAAACAGCAUUUGUCACUACCGAAGGAUUAUUCGAAUUUAAUGUUCUCCCAUUUGGGUUAUCAAAUGCACCAGCAACCUUUCAACGUAUAAUUAAUUCAGUAUUAGGUGUAUUGAGAUGGGACAUCACAUUGGUAUAUCUGGAUGAUAUUAUUGUGUAUUCACCUUCCUUUGCCAGUCAUGUAAAACAUCUCGAUCUAGUAUUAGAUGCAUUAGAAAAAGCCAAUGUUAAGUUAAAUGCAGCCAAAUGUUCAUUAGCACGCAAACAACUGGAUUAUCUGGGUUAUCGAAUUACACCAGAUGGAAUCAAACCCACGAGAACAAAUGUGAAGAAGACAAUUGACUUUCCAACACCAACAUCGGCUAAAGCAGCAUAUUCAUUUAUUCAAAUGGCACAAUUUUAUCGUAGAUUUAUUAAAGAUUUUUCCACAAUUGCUGCCCCAUUGAAUAUGUUCAAAAACAAAAAUAUCAAAUUUGACUGGACACCAGAAUGUGAACAAGCAGAAAUAAGCAUCCAUUAUGUAUGGCAUUAA